AUGGAUACACUUAAAAGAAGACAUUUAUAUCAUUCAGAAGAUCAUAAGCAAUAUCAUGAUUCUUUUGAAACAAUUCAUUUGGAAGACGAUAAAAAGACAAGCAAGACAUCCAAAGCACAAAAGAGGGCACAUUUUGGCAAAUUUGGGUCAUUCUAUUUGCGACAUGAAUUCUAUUUUGAUGUCCAUCCACCUUUAGGUAAAAUGCUAGUGGGGGCUUCAGGCUGGUUGGCAAACUACAAUGGUUCAUUUAGUUUUGAGUCUGGUAAAGCCUAUCCUGAUGAUUUGGAUAUUGCAACUAUGCGUCGUUUAAAUGCCUUUUGGGGAGUCUUUUUGGUCCCAUUAGCAUUUGGAACAGCUCAUCAGCUGCAAUUAUCAUUUAGUAGUUGUCUGUUGGCUAGUACGAUGGUUUUGUUGGAUAAUGCACUUUUGACAAUUAGUCGAUUUGUUUUAUUAGAUUCUAUGUUGUUAUUCUUCACUAGUAUGACUUUCUUUUGUCUAGCAGGAUUCAGGGCACAUAGGAAUGCAUCAUUUUCUAGACAGUGGUGGACUUGGUUAUUAGGACUUGGUAUUUCCCUAGGGUGUGUACUAAGUGUAAAAUGGGUUGGCCUAUUUGCUGUAGCUUUAGCAGGCACCUAUACUAUUGAGGACCUUUGGGAUAUGUUAGGUGAUCUGAAAAUGCCUAAAAAAACAUAUUUAAAUCACUGGUUAUCUCGUAUCCUCUGUCUCAUCUUGAUCCCUUUACUCAUUUAUGUUGCAAGUUUUGCUGUUCACUUUUAUAUCUUGAGCAAUAGUGGACCAGGUGACGCCGUCAUGAGUUCACUCUUCCAAGCUAAUCUUAAUGGAAGUACCAUCAAAGAUAACCCAUUCGAAAUUGCUUUUGGUUCCAACGUCACUCUUAAAAAUUAUGGAUAUGGGGGUGGCUUACUUCAUUCUCACCCACACUUUUAUCCAGAAGGAUCAAGACAGCAGCAGAUUACAGCUUAUUCCUUUAAAGAUCUUAAUAAUCUUUGGCAAUUGCGAUAUCCACAUAACGAUGCUACUAAUAAUAAUAAUGAUACUGCUACUGUCCAAUUCAUAAAGGAUGGAGAUAUUGUACGACUUUUUCAUUUAAAUACCGGACAUAAUUUACACAGUCAUCCUAUUCCUGCCCCUAUUUCCAUAAAGCACUGGGAGGUCAGUGCAUACGGUAAUGAAUCAAGUGGUGACUUUCAAGACCAUUGGCAGCUAGAGGUAGUCCAGAAUGUUCAGCAAGAUAAGCAGGUUGGUUCCCUCAUGACUCGAUUCCGAUUACGCCAUGUUUACCUUCAUUGUUAUCUCGCCACUCACACUAGCCACUUGCCAUCCUGGGGCUUUAAACAACAAGAGGUCUAUUGUGAUCGUAGAGGUUCUCGACAAGAUCAUCGUACAUGGUGGAACGUUGAAGAGCAUCGACAUGAACAAUUAUCACCUGCCCCUAAAUAUACUUUCAAAUCUAAUUAUUUAGAAGACAUUUGGCGUCUCAAUGUUGCAAUGUGGAAUGCAAAUAAUGCGUUGAUACCUGACCCUGAUAAGAACGAUAUGCUGACAUCAAGUCCCCUUGAGUGGCCUACCGUCUUGACUGGUCUACGUAUGUGUAACUGGGAUAAAAAUACAGUUAAAUACUAUUUGAUAGGGAACCCAACAGUGUGGUGGAUAUCGUCAAUGGCUAUUAUUGGAUUUGUUGCAAGUCUGGCUAUCUACAAGGUUCGCAAACAAAGACACAUUAUUUUAAAUGUUACGCCAGGACGGCUACUAAAGUUUUGGUCUGUUGGAAAACUCUUCUUUUUGGGCUGGUUCUUUCAUUAUGUACCGUUCUUUAUGAUGGGACGAGUAACAUAUCUUCAUCAUUAUUUCCCUGCUCUUUACUUUAGUAUCUUUAUGGUGCCUUUCUUGAUUGAACAUUUUUGUGGAAAGUCUCGAUUUAUUGUAUUUACAGUAGUGAUGCUGAUGGUGGUAAUGAAUUUUAUUUAUUUCGCACCUCUUUCAUUUGGCAUGGAAGGUGAUAUUCAACAAUAUACAGGUCGAUGGUGGAUUAAACGAUGGAAUUUGAUUGAAAAUUUGAAUUAA